AUGGAGGUGCCACAAGGCAGCAGCACUUGCUGUCUCCCCGGGGAGUCCCCCCUGGUGCAGGUGCUGGAGGAGGAGUCCCGCAGCCGCCUGGGCCGCUUCAACCAGAAGGACGUCUCCAUGGUGUUCAGCAGCGUGAUGAGGCUGCACCCCUCCAGCCCCCACCCCCUGGUGGAGUCCUGCCUCACCAGCCUGGAGCGGCACCUGGAGAAGGAGCGGCAUCCCCAGACCCUCUUCCUGCUCCUCUCCUACUACCGGCUGCGGGCGCAGGCCCUGCAGGGACACGCGGCCUCCGACCAGCAGCUGAUCAACAACCGCAAGAUCCUGCGGCUGGUGCGGCACACGCUGGGGCAGGUCAGCGCCAUGCGGGAGCACGAGCUGGCCCUGCUGGACGAGAUGCUGGCCCUGUGUGCCCAGGAGGCCAACAACAAGGCCCUGGAGGCCAUCUUCAGCUCCCAGCUCUUCUACGAGAACCGCCAAGAGCGAUUCAUCCGCAGCAUGCUGGUGUUUCCCUGCAGCCGCAUGAACUACCGCCCGUCCAACCACGGCGAGCUGUUCCCCAAGCUGGAGGCCAUCCUGGAGCAGAAGGCUGGCAGCUCGCCCCUGGCCACCGUCAACAUCCUCAUGUCCAUGUUCCAGCUCAGCCACUUCCCCCAGACCGUCCUGCACCAAGUCUUCUCCCCAGCCUUCAUCACCAACGUCAUGAGCAGCCCCUACGCCCUGAUAGUCCGGCGGUACCUGUCGCUGCUGGACGCGGCGGGGGAGCUGGAAUUCCGGGAAUACCGCGGCCCCCGCCUGGACCCGCGGUACCGCGUCCUGAUGUUCGAGCACGCCCUGACGGCUGACGAGGCCAACAGAAAGUACAGUUACAAGGGGCUGGUGGCCGAGGCGCUGCGGCAGCUGGUGGGGGAGGAGUGUUACCGGCAGGACGAGGUGCUGCCCCCAGGAUACUGCACAGACUUCCUGCUGUGGAUCAACCGCUCGGGCGCGGUGCUGCCGCUCUCCCGCGUCCCCGCGGCUGCCAAGGCCCCUUCUGCCCACGCCACAGGGUCCCCGGCCGCCGUGUCCCUGCGCUCCAGCGUCCUGGCCCUCACCUCGGACUUGCAGGACUUUGCCCCCUUUGCUCCGGAGACUCCGAGCAGCCCCCCGGGCCCCCGGGAGAACAGCCUGGCUGGGCGGUUCCUGCCCGCGCUCUGCCCGGCCCCGGGGGGUCCCUGCUACCAGCCCCCCUCGGACUAUUACUGCAGCCUGAGCAAAGAGUCUUCCCUGGAGAGCCAGGGCAGCUCCAGCCCUGCCCCCCACCCUCCCCGCGCCGGCCCAGCCCCCCGCGAGGGCCGGGCGAGGGUGGUCCUGUCGGUCAAUGACAAGUGGCACUACUGCCAGAACUCCGACAUCCUGGUGGGCUCGCGGGCCAUGCGGGACCGGCACCUGCGGCUGCUGGGCUAUUGCCUGGUUCAGCUGCCCUACACGGAGCUGGAGAAGGUGAGUGGCAUCGAGGAGGCCAAGCACUACCUGCGGCAGAAGCUGAGGGAGCUGCGCUUCUGA